CAUUCGCCAUGUAAUUAGUUUCAAUUCUCUUGUAACACUACCAUUACUUAAGUGCUGUUACUGAAAAUUUAUAACAAUAGCGCUCUCGAAAUUCCAUAUUUUUUUUUUAUUCCAAAAAUCUUGUGAACACUUUUGUGAUAUUUACCGCCCUUUCAAAAGACUUAGUAAAUAUUUGCUGAAAUAGAGCAGUCGUAAUGAGUUUGGAGCGACAGCUCUGAAAUAAUCAACCUUUUGUCGGAACCCCACCCUCGCCGCAGAGCGUCGAGGACUCCUGGGUGCAAUUGAAGCGCCUGCGGUGGAUGACGGAACGAGCGUCGUGCGGCCCGGUGCGGUCCGUGCGACCGGGGACUCCCCGCCCGCCUACGGAACACACUCCUCCCGUCCGGCAACCCCGCGUCACAACACGGCAGCUGUGCUGCGUGGCAUCGUGUAACAGAGCGGAGCCUUCAUGUCCACCAAGUCAACAUCUCCUCCGCGAGGCGGAGACAGCAGACCAGGCGCUACUGGAGCAGAGCUGUGUGCAGGCGGAGACACAGGCCGCAGCGGGCCUGCAGGGAAGGCGACAGCAGACCGGGCGCUGCUGGAGGAGCGACGCCGCCUGGAGCAGAGCUGCCUGGAGACCUCGCGCCGGUGCCUGGGGCUGCUGAGCGCCUCGGAGCAGCUGGGGGCGGCCUCGGCGGCGGGGCUGGGGCGGCAGGGCGGCGUGCUGCGGCGCGCUGAGCGGUGCGUGGACUCAAUCGACGUCGCCCUGAGGCCUGCCGGUGUGCCGGAAACUAGGAGAGGCGGUCACGCCGGGAUGAGCUGGUGGGGCGGCCUCAGGAGCGUGGUGGUCGGCGGCGGGCUAGGUCGCUCCCGCCGGGCGCAGGGCGAGACCCGGCCCGCGACGGCGGCGACCCUGCUGGACCGCCACCUGGACGACAUGCUGGGCUCCGUGGCCUUCCUGAGGGCGCUGGCCGAGGACCUGGGCCGCGAGCUGGACGACCAGGAGCAGCAAGUCGCCCGCCUGGGCCUGGGGGCGGAGCGCGUGGCGGCGACCGUCGAGCGGCGCACCCGCGAGCUAGCCAGGCUCUUGUAGGCCCCGUGCCGCCCUCCCGACCACCUCCUAUCUUCCCAGCCCCUAGGUACGGUUUAUUUGUAUUGCAGCGAAAAUUCUUUGCUGAGGGGGUUUCACAAUUUUCGAGCGUUACGAAAAAUUCCCGAUCUCAUGAGGGGAAUGAAUAGUUGGGCACGUGGUGGGGAUCCCGUUAUACGGGAGGAGACGGUAGAGGGUAGGGGUAGAAAUUACUCAGCAUAAUUGCACCAUCGCAUGCUUUCACACUCGUGCACUUGCAUGCUUGCACACUCGCACUCUUGCAUACUUGCACACUUGCAUACUUGCAUACUUGAAUACUCGCACACUUGCACACUUGUACACUUGCAUACUUGCAUACUUGCAUACUUGCAUACUUACACACUUGAAUACUCGCACACUUGCAUACUUGCAUACUUACACAUUUGAAUACUUACACAUUUGAAUACUUACACAUUUGAAUACUCGCACUCUUGCAUACUUGCACACUUGCAUACUUGCAUACUUGAAUACUCGCACACAUGCUUACUUGCAUACUUACACACUUGAAUACUCGCACACUUGCAUACUUGCAUAAUCGCAUACUUUACACUUUCACACUCGCAUACUUGCGCAAUAGCAUAAUUUAGCGCUCGCAUACUUGCGUAUACAUUUUUUGAUCUGUGACCUCCGACAAUUAUAAUUAUGUUUCCUAUAACUAAUAAUGUAAUAAGUAAGAAGUAUCACUGUCACGUGUCGUCUCCACGCACGCACUCUUUUUUUAAAUUUCUUUUGGUCUUUACCACCAACGACUAUAGCACUCGGUGAACGACACAACCCAGGGAAGUAACAUCGGGAGAGGACUCGUGCCUGGGAAACAGGCGCCAGGAUGGCUGUGAUGGACCCGUGUUCCCGCGGUGUGAGGAGUGCAGUGUGCUACCACUGCGCACCUCGCUCCGUCAGCCUCGCCGAGCCUCCGACAUGCAGUUGCUCGCCCCCAUGUUCCUAUGUUCCAAACACAAACUUACACUGGCCAAACACAUUGACGAAGACCUCACUUAAAUGUCUGACACGCGCCUGCCAAUAGUGUUCAUGGCGAUGUGACGACCCCCUGUCAUUCGCUGAGAUGUAAAUUAGGAAUUCAUACGUAGGCGCUGUGUAACAAUGUGUGUAAACAACGACUCGGGGAUUAGCUGCAACCUCGUUACAGGAUUAGGCCAAUGGAAUGCAGAUUGCAAUGGCUCUGCGUAUGGAGAUUUACCCAACUCUUUCAGGUUUGACGAUGACAAAAAAAAGACACAAGUAUGUUCAUAGUUUUCACACAGUAGCAUUUAUAAUUAAGAACGAUUGAUUUAUGCUGGAGGUACAUUAUAGGAAAUACAAUAUAUUUUACCCAUUUAUUAAAAAAAUAUAUAAGUUAAUAUGUGUUUUAUUGUGAACAAUUCCUGCGUGUUUAAAUUAUAUGUACAUACUCGUAUUUACGAAGUGGUAUAACAGAGUAGGCUACAUAUUAAAAAAAACAACUUUUUAUUACAUAACAUUCAUGAAUAAUAAUUAGCAGGUAUAUGUAAAGUUUGUUUGACGUAGAUAGCACACUGAAUAAUCCAUUUUCUCCUAAAUUGAUUCCAACAAUAUUCAGAAAUCUGUGUUCUUUCAGCUAAUGUACAUUGUUGAAAAUUACGGUAAAUUUAUGGAUUUUUUUAAACGAAGAAGACCCUCAGACAAACAAAGAGCUCUUUGUAAAUUAAAAUAACAGAAUCUCAGUUGAAACUAGAUCGUAUUUCGACUUCCGAGGUGUAUGUUUCGUCCUAAACAACGGUAAACACACACGUGGGCAAAACAACAGUUUUAUUGCUAUAAGCUUAACUUUUUAUUUAUUUUUUAUUAGAUAUUUUUGUAGUAAAUAUACCAAGAAAAAUCUUUUGGAUUCACGUUCAAAGUAUAGUGAACUCAAGUGUCCAUAAAUUUAAGAAGAUGUUUGUAAAUUUACGAAGAUCCCUGGAUGAUUUGUAACCAGUUUCCUUCGCGAAUUUGAAGGUGAAAAUAUUUAACGGUGUGGACACUUCUGGGUCGACUCCUGACAGCCAUCACUUUUUUCAUCACGUGAACUGUCCGGGCUCCAAACUGGACAUGGCCUGUCGCACAUCUGCUCCGGCUGAGAACGGAUUAGAAAAAAAAAACAAGUUUCAUGUUUCGAACACUUCUUGAUGAAAUUCGACACUUAACAAGGACUCGAAAGUGUUGAUAUGAAUGUAAAUACGCUAAAAAAUGAGAGUGAGUCUUUCAGUGAUGUUUAAACAUGUGACCUCGGUAACGAGCAAAUUUAUAAUGUUGCAAAUAAACAUAUAAUACGAAUUUAGGACACGACAUUCAACGUAUAGAGUUCUUCAAAAUAAUGCUGAGCAUGAUGAAUAUUCGAAAAUCGUGUUUGCAACUACAUUUUUUUUUGGAUGCGAAUCACACUCAGUUUUCGCACCCGCCGCUAGAAUUCGCUGCCGAAGCAACUACGCCGACUGUCAAAUGAUUCAAUUUGCAAAGCGAAAUAUUAAACUAUAAAAUGAACCGGCUCCGAUAAAAGCGAAGAGACUUGAAACAAAAUAAUAAAUACAGGCGUGGACCUGAUUUUCGACAAGGGAUUUUAUUAACAUAUUGGUGGAGACCGGAAAAAUUCGCGAAUUCAUUUCGCGAUAGGCUAAAAUAAAAACCGUUAUACCUCAGUGCUGCCUCUGCUAUCGGCUCACAACUCACCUGGAUGACUCUGGGACAAUGAGAAACACCCAACCAAAGCUUUAUCGAAUCACAGGCUGCUACGUUGGGACGUCUCACACGACAGCAGCCAAUGAGUGGGUGGCAUUUGACCGAGUGUACGUAGAACUAUGGAGUUCAUCCUGCAGGUCAUUGAACCCGCGAAUUUUUCCGGUCCUUACAUAUUGCCCAUCUUGUAAAUUAAUUAAAAAGUUAAUACUAUAAAGUUUACAUUUGUAUCUAUGAACUUUGGUUCGCGCCACCCGUCACAGAUGGCAGCACCGUGGUUACACAUUUCCGUUCCACGCAGCUUCCGUUCCAUUCAAGAAAUGAUUUCUACCAAAUGCCGUAUACCGACAACUAAGAUGUUUACAAAUCAACAAAAAUAAAUAUAAAUUCAGCUGUGAUAAAUGUUAAAGGUGUAAAUAAAAAGACCAGACAUAUUCAUUUGGAGCGAUUUAUUUUUCAAAAUAAAAAUCCUUGUGUGCAUUGGAAACAACACAAAUUUCAAGUUCGUUUUUCACAUCACAUUCGUAUUCGUAUAUUGGCUCUUAAGUCUAAUGAAGGGACUGGCAGUGCAGUAGAGAAGAAACAUGUCCCGUAGAAUAUUUUAUAGUCUAUGUGUAAAUAAAUUAUAAAUAAAGUGAAUAUAACACAAUAAAAUUCAACCAAAGGAAACAAGAAACGGAACAAAAGCGUUCCAAAAAAAUAACUUAAUGGAGAUAAUAAAUAAGGAACGCUGUGAUAAAAUACAAGCAGUUUUUAAAAAGGGUUUGUAAUUUUUUUUUUGUGUUUUCGUGAUUUUUUAUUGCUUGCUAUUUUUAACGAAGGAUAGAAAAAACAACCAAAUUUGCCCUUUGAAACUACUCUUAUAAAGUGUGUAGCAUUACAAUAAGACAAAAUUCUCACUGUUUUGCUAAAAGGUCAAACGUUUCGACAAUUAUGUUGAAACUCCAGGAAUGUCUUUUUAAUAUUUCAUUGCUAAUAUAGGUUAGUAAAUUUUCUGACAAUUUUACACUACUGAAAUUUCUAAAAGACAUUUCUAGGGUUUUUCAAAAAAGGUAUAUGUUAGUUUUAAAUUUCAAUUAGAACUGUUUUAUUCCAUGUUCAACAUAUAAUUUAGUACGCUAUACAUUCAUAACAACAAUAACAAUAAUAACGCUAUAUAUUUAUUUGCCACUUAAAAAUAAAUUGUUCGUUCUAUGUUGAUUCAAUAAGUUUCUUAAAAAUAAUAAUUUUUUUAAGCCGAUAUUUUGCUCUCAAAAUAUUUUUUAAUACAUUUUAUUUAGUCCUUUUCUUAGAGUCUGGCAUAGAUUAAAUUACUUACAGCAGCAAGAGAUGAUAAUUUUUAAAAGACCUUUUGCGAGAUAGGUGUCGGAAGACAAUUAAAAUUAAAAACUUAAUAAUCUUAAAAUAUUAAAACAAAAUGAAAAUGUGUGGCAUAAAAAAGUUGUGUGUAGUGCCCACAAAAAUAUUCAAUCAAAUUUCCUGGGAGAAAAGUCAGGCUAUAAUAAAACAGAUUAUGGGUUGUUUAAUUUUUUUUGCGGUUGAAUAAAUAAUCAGCAUGCGCGGAGUAUUUUUUUACUUUACAAACAUUUAAGUGGAAAUUAAUGAUUAUGUUUACAUUAACUGAAAAAAAAAAUAUCAAGGAUUUUAGUUGAAGAAACACCUGGUUUAAGGAACCAUGCCUAUGUGGUUGAAGCCUCACUUCAUGUCUGAAUGUCCACAUGCGACAAGUAAUUUGCUGAGACAAAUCUUCCAGUUCCGCUGUGUGUCGGGGGCUACCGGUUGAGGGAAGCC